CAGUAAGCAGUAAGCAGUAAAGAGAGCAAAUUCGUAUAUAGCGCAAGCAACUUUGUGGUAGAAUUCAGAGGAUAAGCCUUAUUGCUAAAGCUUAGUUCUGUUGGCUCUUUCCUCACAACAAACCUAUCAGUGUUGACAAAGGGAAGCACAGGUAAUGUUUGUGAACCCUUCUACCAAUAAUCCCUACAGGUCUACUAUGUAUCCUUCAAGACAAUGCAUAGUGCGUUUCCCUCUUUCGGUACUUUGCCUAUCAGGAGUAGACGUUCGCGGAAGUUGGCCAACAACAGAUACCCUUGUUUUACGCGAUUCAAUAAGCGACAUCAGUCUUCCUUCUACCAGCCAGUUACUCACAGAGAUAAAAUCAGAGAGAAGGUUCUUGUCAAUAAGGACGUUCUUUUUUUUUUUUUUCUUUUUUGCUUGUGUGUUCUUGUAGAGUACCCAGAAGACAGAUAGACAAAAGAGAAUCAGAUGAAUCAAGUAUUGAAAUGUAUGCCAAAUAGUCUCAGCCUUUUGAUUUGUAAAGAAGAGACACCAUAGUAUUGCUUGACUUGAAGAGAGGUGGAGACCGAGACUAACAAUAUUAGCUACAUAAAUUUAAUGCUACAUAAUACCUUUUUUUUGUUUUGCAUUUAAGU